CUUUUUCGAAUUGUUCCGGAUUGCUCUGGUUUCCAAUUUUGCUAGCUUAGUUUCAAGUUUCAACUUUCAGGCUGUUAUAUGUAAAAAUUAAUACUAUUAAUGAGUGCCGCGGUCAUAUUAAUUGUUGAUUGAUUCCUGACAAUUUCCUGUGUUGAUAUGCACUGCGGAAGCACUGCCAAACUUGUUUCUAAAUUCUAAAUGAUCUAAUACAGUACCAAUUGGCAGUUUGCGACUCUCAACGAACCAGAAUGGCGAGAUCCGGAGAUGUUUCCCACAUGACCGAUGAGAUGGCGCGAAGUUAUCGCGUCGCCAAAGUUUUUCGCGACAAUACGGACUCGAUUAAUGGAAUGGAUUUUUCGCCACAUGGUGAUGUAUUUGUAACGAGCUCCGUGGAUGAAUCUCUCACCGUAUACGAUGUCGAGAAGCCAGGAAUAAAAGCCACCGUCAACAGUAAAAAAUAUGGCGUGGAGAAUGUUACGUUUACUCGCAAUAACAAUCUCGUGGUGCAUGGAUCCACCAAGGUUGACAACGCUAUCCGAUUGUUAUCCCUCAAAGACAACAAGUAUCUGCGAUAUUUCCCGGGACAUACCGAAACGGUAACGACAAUUGCGACACAUCCGACCGAAGACCAGUUUUUAUCCGGAUCAAUGGACGGCACGGUGCGUCUCUGGGAUUUCAACAUGUCCAAUUCGUGGGCCAGCAUCCCCUUCGGCACGGGUCGACCGGUGGCUAAUUAUGAUCCCGAAGGUCUAGUUAUGGCGAUUGGUGUGGGAUCCGAGGAGAUCAAACUGUUUGAUAUCAGGAAAAUUGGCGCGCCGUUCAACACGCUUAAACCCAGGGUACAGAAUGCUGCUCAAUGGACCUCUCUGAAGUUCAGUCCUAACGGCACGUACAUGUUGAUUGGAACGAACGGAAGUGCUUGUUAUGUUGUUGAUGCUUUUCUUGGAUCUCUUGUUACGACAUUUGGGGGUUAUCAAAACACAUCUAAUGGAAAAAGUGUCUCCAUUGAGCCCUGCUUUUCUCCUGAUGCUCAGUUUGUGUUCCUUGGCUCGACGGAUCAGCGACUGCAUUUGUACAAUAUUAACACAAAGGCAAGGAUUGGAAUUUUGAAAUCCGACCACACUGGGCCCAUUUUAUAUACAAAAUUUAACCCGCGCUACUCGAUGAUCGCAACGACAUGUUCCCUGAGCUGUUUUUGGAUAUCCACGGUUUCUGUAGCUUCCACACGAAAUUGAACAUCGGUGCUUGGUUCCAGUUCCUGUUUUUAUUUUUGUUCAAAAUGGUUUCAGGCUGCUCUUUUCAGUAUUUGCUCUGAAUCAUCAACGGCGUUACCUUUUUGUGAAAGAACAUUUUGUUUUCAGACAUUGUCUAACUUGAGCACUCUUGCUUUUGCCGACAGACCCAGCUACAAUUAUACCGGUUUCACGGUUAAGUUUUGUAGUUGAAUAUUUUUAUAAUUGAAGAAUGUUGUGCUGAAUGCUACAGUCAGACUGGCGAUUCUGUAGCCGCUUCCACUUCAGAAGUUUCUUCAGGACAGGAAAACCACCACGAGGCGGUCGGCUUGGGAUAUCCAUCUUCCACGGCGAAUUUUGCGUCAUUGAAUUUAUAAUAGUUCUUCCCGGCGAAGAAAUAUGUUCGACCAUCACGCCACAUAACCGCAGCAUCGAUGUGGCCGGGUAGCUUCUUCCACUCGGAUAGAUUUUUCGGAUAGCCGUCUGCCACUCUUCUUUCCGUUCCCGCUUCGAAUCGAUAAUACUGGCCGCCUGAUAACCAACGAUGGAAAUAAAUUAUUGAUAAACUGAGCAGUAAAUAUUUCGGGAAUCGAUAACACUGACGCUAAUA